AUGGGCUUUAGUCCAUAUCAUCAGUGGCAAAGCCAAGGUAGAAGGAGGGGGUCGGGCCAUUGGAUCCCAUCUCAUCCACCUCGACCUGCAACUUAUCAUUCUCUAAGUGCAAAUACUGUUCUCAAUGAUCUUUGGCAAAAUGGAGGACGGCAGUGGGAUGAAGCUAAAAUACGGCAGCAACUGUCUCUUGAAGAUGCAACACAUGCUCGACAGAUAUAUAUCCCACAACAUCAAUGUCUUGAUAAACUAAUCUGGCAUUACACCAAAGAUUGUACAUAUACAGUGAAAUACGGAUACUGGCUAAGUCAACACUUACCGGACGAUGACCACAUUGAUCCACCACCAGGUAACCCCUUGCUCAAAAAUAAGCUUUGGAAAACUUCAUUACCACCAAAACUUAAACAUUUCUACUGGCGAGUGUUAUCUUCUGCUUUGGGUACUGGUAAAGAACUUAACCGUAGGGGCAUACCGAUUGAUGCCACUUGCCAACGAUGCUGCCAAGAAGUCGAAUCUAUCAACCACCUUCUCUUUCAGUGCUCGUAUGCCUCAACAAUAUGGAGACAGUCCAAUCUUCCGGCUGGUCUAUCAUUCACAUCAUCUCUUGAAGAUAACAUCAAAGCAUUAUUGUUGAUGUAUAAGUCGGCCAUGGAUAAAAAUAAGCAACAUCUUCCCAUUUGGAUAGGCUGGCAAAUAUGGAAGUCCAUAAAUGAUCUUAUCUUCAAUAUAGUUGUUUGGGACACAAAUUCAGUGCUUCUUAAAGCUACUGAUAAUGUUGUAGAAUGGCUGGCUGCAACACAACCAUCAAGACAACAAUCUAACCCCAAUACUCCGAUUGCUAAUCCCCCUCUCUCCCCUCAUUGGAAUUCUCCGACAACAGACGUUGUCAAGGUAAAUUUUGAUGGAAGUUUUCAAUUAGAUAAUGGCAACAUAGGCGUAGGGUGGAUAAUCCGUGAUAAUAAAGGCACUUACCCUCUUAGCUGGAAGCUCCAAACUCAAGCAAGCGUCUAA